AUGGCUACGGAUAUGCCCCCAUUUCACCCAGAUAUGACUCGUUUUAGAGCUAUCCAUGGAAUAGAACGAGGGAUGAGGGCUACCGGUAUCACCAGGGACCAACUCUGGAUACAGUUUUCAGUCCCGCGCUUUCUUCCAAAGAUCCUACUAAAAGCACCAGAUGAAAAUAGGAUUACCCAACAGGACUUGAGCCAUUUCCGCCGCAUAUGCGAAGAUGAAAUCCAAACAGCCUUCUCAUGCCUUCAAAUAAAUAGGCUAGCCGGUAUCAACCAGCCGGAAAACAUAGAACUUCGGAGUUGCGCAUAUAUUGACUGCAUUUUUCUAAAUUUCAAAGAUAUACCACGCCACUAUGCCUCUAACUUUUAUCGUAUUUUCGCGGAUAUUGUUUCAAAAGAAAGUAAUAUUAGACAUAUCGGUCUCCAGAAACCUGGAAUAGGUCACCUUAAGAGUAUCUGGGAUCUGUUUGAGAACCAUCGGGCGAAUAGAGUCUCAAUAUUGAAGCCUAAAAUCGUACAAGGCCCGUUUGGAUACCCGCUUGGAAUCUACAAAGGCUACGACUACGAGGUUCGAUUCUUCUGUAUGAACCGAGGGAUUCCGUACCAAGCUUCAGGAGUAUGCGAAAUGCAGCAAAUAAAAGGGUGGACACCACAAAUCCUAAACUUACACCAGGACUUCAGGAAGCAUGCGCGAAAGUUGGAGGUUCCUGAAGCCACAUUCAUGUGUGCCUUGGUCAUAUUGUUAGGAAAUACAGCUGUACUUCACACCGAAUACACAGGUGGCGAGGGUAUCGACAUUGAUAGUACGGUAUUCAAAGAUCUUAUGCGGAUACUGAAACCAGAAACGAUGCGAAUCAACCCUGACCUUCAAUUGCUUGCGGGCAAGUUUGAAAGCCAGUUGAAAGCUCCAGUGGUUCCAAAGGACACUUUAGCCAUGAGACCGCUGAAAGCAGGCUCCAGCGUCGCUUGGCGUAAAAUAUUUCCUAGGCGAGACCAACUUGGUAGUUCGAACAGUAUACAUGCUGCUGAUUCCAAUACUGGGACUCAUUAUGCUGGUUCCAGCCAAGGACCAUCGACUCCAACCGGGGUUCCUGGAUCGGCGGCAUCCCAAACUGCUUACAACCGGAAAACCCCAUUUAAUACAGGAACGAGGCCCGACAUACCUCAAAGGUCGGCGAAACCGACCUUUAGGGCGCUCAAUACGAAGCUUCCUAGUAGGCCUGAAGAAGCAAAGGAGAGUCAAGAGGUUACAGAGUCUACGGCAAAGGUUGAGGAAGUAGGAGGGGAGCAAAGCUCGUUAGAACCUGCAGCAGAACCUGAAAAGGUCAAAGAGGACCGAGAAGCAUCAAAAUCUACAGCAGAACUUGGGAGAAUUAAAGAGAACCAGGAAAAACUGGGGCCUACAGCGGAAGGGAAUGAUAGCUCUCGACUUGAUACAUCGCCGGCGGGUAAGACACCUGCCGUAGCAUCAGCUGAACACUGGCAGGCGCUAUCUCGCAAACCCGGGGCCGCUGAAACUUUGUCUUGCGACCAUGAGAAAGAAAUGAAAGAGAAGCUCACUGCUCAAGAAGGAGGGGAGGCCGCCUUUAAAAAAUCCUCGCGACUGGUUUUUAAAAAGAUACCACGGACACGCUUGGAUUUAGAUAAUUUUCCCCAGUUAUACGAGCGAGGGGGGUCGGUGCGCAGGAGAAAACUAAGAGAGGCAGCAAUGCAAAAAGAAAUCGAAUCUAGAGGCUCAUCUCUUACAGAGGGCCAUCUUCCAGACCAACCUUUUGAACCAUUACGCUCAAAAUCUGCCCCUAGCAGUUAUGAGAUUGUUCCAAGCAGGCCGACGUCACCCCCCAUCGAGAAAAUAACAGGAUCCGGAGAAACACAACCCUGCAUUGACACUCCAAUAUCCCCACAGUUGCAAUCUCUACAUGGUGAAGAAGAAGUGGUUGGGAUGCAAACUCAUAAUACAGCACUUCCAAUUGGGGGUGAAACAGGAGACGAACAGAGCCGACCCGGAUCGAUACCCGAUAAAGAAGAAAUAUCGCUUAUUUCGGAGUAUGGGCUCCCGGACAGUGAAAGGGAAACGACAGAAAUACAAAGUCAGGAUGCAAUACCAACUUUACCACUAUUACCACCGCCGCCGCCAGACGUGAAAGAGGAGCUCGAAGCGCACAGCGGUAAUUCGCUGCCAACAGAGGAAUGGACAGAAGAAAUGCAGUGCCAGAACACAUCACCACCUAAUGAAGAGGAAUCCGGAGGGAGCCAAGCUCUUAUUAACACACCAUCAAACGAGAGAGAAUGGGCCGAGACAUCGGGCUAUAAUCCAUCUCCGCCGAACCUACAGCUUCUAGAUCCAAUGCCUCCGGGUGAACAAGACCCAUUACCCUCACCAAAUAACGAGGCCGCGAACCCCGCAAUUCAACAUCGCGAAUGUUGCCAACGUCUCCACUGUAAAUCGGUUGAUCUUGAGCAAGAUUUUGAAGAAUUUGGCGUCGGGGAGGAUUUAAGCAAAGAUAGCCAUAGCGAAGAAAAUUGGAGCGAAGACACCGAUGCCACCACUGAAGCCGAAAGACGAUGGCGUCGCUUAGAACGAGAUUACAGUGUAGGUAUCUGGGGGCCACACUACCCUGGCCGAAGAAGCUGUGGAUCUUUGCCUCCCCCAGAAAAAUUGCCAGAGGAAAAUUUGUUCGAUAUAGAGUUAUGA